GGGCGCGAUGGGAAAAAAAUGGUGGAGCGGAGGGCUAGCCAGGGUUUAUUGUUCUCGUAUGUACAUACUCCCCAUCUCCGUUCUCCCCUUGCCACUUCUCGGCUUCUCUCUCAUCUUUCUCCACUGCUCAGUUCUGCGGUUCUCCCUCUAAUCCCUCUUCCCUGACCCUGACUUCCCUCUUGAAUCUUGGCCUAUUGGCCCUCUUCGGCUCUUCCCUCGCGUGGGCGUGGCGACGGCUCUUCACUCAGUGUCUCAGGUACCUUCGAGGCUUCGACCUUCCCCUCUUCCCUCGUUUCAGUCUGGAUAGAGGUGUUCCGUUCGCAGUUAAAUCUGUGAGUUAUAUUCACAGUUUCGGACGGGCGAUUGCCGUUCGUCGUUCAUGUCUUUGGCAUCGGACGGACCGACGGAGUGUGUUUUGAUUUAUUGGUUAGAUUGACGAAUUUCAGCAGGGAUAUCGUUUGUGCUGGUUGUUGCGCCCUCACAGAUUUACAUCGGUAUACUUUGAUUUACAUCUAUAUUAAAGGGAAAAUGAGCAAUGACUUGCCUAUAGAGGUGGAGGUGACAAACUUGGAGGAUGCAAUUGGUGAAUAAACCAUUCAAAGAAAGACAAAGGAUACUGCAGGUCACCGCACAACACGUAUGCCUCUACUCCGCUGCCCAUCAACUUCAAAGCUCCCCUUAGCUGCAGACGCGCAUGCCUCCACUCUGCCGCGCGUCACAACAGCCAUACAGAUUUGGGAUUUCUCCAUUCCAGCUGAAUCAGCUUGUUAAGACUACCAUUUCUAGAAUUGUGGAAACCAGGAGCAAAUGAAGUCAUCUUUAGAAAAUCUGGGACAAUUUGUUGACCUGCGGAGACAAGAUUCGGGGAGCUUGCAAGGUGGUGAUAGCAAUGCAAUCAUAUUGCCAGAAAAGAAGAAGAAUAAACAAAAAGGCGCGAAACAGAAGUGUAUGGUUAAAGCAAAGACCAUUUCAAAAAUAAGCAAUUCUCGGACAAGAAAGAUGAGGGAAUUGGAGGUGUGUAGGAAGAGAGCACUUCUGCUGAAGAAAAGUAUUGAGAACCUUGAGAAAUAUAAGAUUGCAGAGGAUGCAUACUUGCUUCUUCAGUCUUCAAAGGAUAUUGGUCAGGAUGAAACUGUGCGGAGAAGACGUAGAAAGGCAAUUCAAUAUCAUAAGGCAGGUUUAGAAGUGCCACGUAGUGAUCAAUCUUUCAAGAGAAAGGGUGGUAAUAAUGCUUCAUGUAAAACUGAUCCUAAUUUCGACGAGAACCAGGGAGAGCAGGGGUUUGAUGAUGUUGAAGUUGUGCAACCAAUAAUGGUUGAGAGAGAAAUUUUGAGUAACUCUUCCAUCUCCUCGGCCUCUAUUCCACAACAGAUUUCUAGCAUUACACAUGAUACCACCUUGCCAGCUGAAGAGGUUUCCAUUUUUAGCAGCAACAUAGUUAUUAAAGAAGAGAUCAGAAGUUCUUUGUCCUGUUCAUGUAAUUAUGAUGACAGAAAGUGCAUCGAGUCAACGGGUGGAGCAGAUAAUAGUCGAAAAGAAGAUUUUAGCAGUACUAGCAAACUCCAAGAUUGCCCUCUGCAGAGAGCUUUGACUGCCCCAAUUGUGGUACAUGUUUCAAGACCAAAUGAGGGUGAUAGUCGAAAAGAAGAUUUUAGCAGUACUAGCAAACUCCAAGAUUGCCCUCUGCAGAGAGCUUUGACUGCCCCAAUUGUGGUACAUGUUUCAAGACCAAAUGAGGUUGAUAAUAAACGGAAGGAUCUUCCUAUAGUCAUGAUGGAGCAAGAGAUAAUGGAAGCUAUAAAUGAACAUUCAACCAUUGUUAUUUGUGGGGAGACUGGAUGUGGGAAAACCACUCAAGUUCCUCAGUUCCUUUAUGAAGCUGGCUAUGGUUCAAACCAGUCCAUUUUUCGGAGUGGUAUUAUUGGUGUAACCCAACCACGCCGUGUUGCUGUCCUUGCCACUGCCAGGCGAGUGGCAUUUGAGCUUGGUCUCCAUCUUGGAAGGGAGAUUGGUUUUCAAGUUAGGCAUGAAAAGAAGAUUGGGGACAAUUGCUCUAUCAAGUUUAUGACUGAUGGAAUUUUGCUACGAGAACUCCAGGGUGAUAUCUUAUUAAAGCGUUACUCUAUCAUAAUUUUGGAUGAGGCUCAUGAGAGGAGCUUGAACACAGACAUACUGAUUGGAAUGCUUUCUCGUAUCAUUAAACUCCGUCAGGACGAAUUCGAGAAACAGCAAAAGAUGCUUUUGGAAGGAAAAAUAAGUCCUGAAUGCAUGAUAUCUCCUUUAAAGGUUGUACUGAUGAGCGCCACCCUGCGAGUUGAGGACUUUGUUUCGGGAAGAAGGUUAUUUGCUUUUUCACCACCUGUUCUUGAAGUUCCGACCAGGCAAUUUCCAGUAACCACACACUUCUCAAAGAGAACAGAGAUUGUUGACUAUAUUGGCCAAGCCUAUAAAAAGGUCUUGUCAAUUCACAAGAGGUUGCCAGCAGGUGGCAUACUUGUAUUUGUUACAGGGCAAAGGGAAGUAGAGUACUUGUGCCAGAAGCUACGUAAAGCAUCGAGAGAGCUGAUCUUGAGAAGUUCUAGAGGAAACAUAGGUCAUGAGGUAACUGCGGUUUCUGAAAUGAACUCCAUUGGAGAAAUUAAUGCGAAGGAGGUUAAUGAAGCAUUUGAUAUUCAUGGAAACUCAGACCAAUGGCACACUGACAGAUUUAGCUCUUUUGAUGAAGAUCAUGAUGAUUUGAAUGAAGAUGAAUCAGAUGCCUCCUAUGACUUGGACACAGAUAGUGAACUGGAAAUUGGAGAUGACGGGGAUUCAAUGAACGACAAAUCCCCUUCAAGUGAUGGUAAACUUGUAGAUGUUUUGGGAGAGGAUGGGAGCAUUGCCUCACUGAAGGCUGCUUUUGAAGCUUUGGCUGGAAAAGCAACAUUGAACCCUAAUUCCAAGGGAGAGCAGGCCAAUCAUGCUUCUUCAGAUGGUUGCUUGGACAAAUUUAAUCCUGGUUUGGGAGAGGAAAAGAGAGGAGAAAAUGUUCUUUCUCCUGGGCCAUUGUGUGUUCUUCCUCUUUAUGCCAUGCUGCCUGCAGCGGCGCAGUUGCGUGUAUUUGAAGAGAUCAAGGAAGGAGAACGUCUUGUUGUUGUUGCAACUAAUGUAGCUGAAACCUCUUUAACCAUCCCAGGCAUCAAAUAUGUAGUUGAUACUGGAAGGGAAAAAGUCAAGAAUUAUAACUCCUCUAAUGGAAUGGAAGCAUAUAAAAUACAGUGGAUAAGUAAGGCAUCAGCGGCUCAACGUGCUGGAAGAGCUGGAAGAACUGCGCCUGGCCAUUGUUAUCGUCUGUAUUCCUCGGCGGUAUUUAAUAACAUAUUUCCCGACUUCUCCAUUGCGGAAAUUUCUAAAAUACCUGUUGAUGGUGUUGUCCUUCUAAUGAAAUCAAUGGGUAUUGAUAAGGUUGCAAAUUUCCCAUUUCCAACACCACCUCAGGCUACUGCAUUGGUUGAAGCAGAGUCUUGCUUAAAGACUCUUGAAGCACUUGAUAGUAAUGGAAAACUGACUCCCUUAGGGAAGGCCAUGGCACUGUAUCCCAUGAGUCCUCGCCAUUCCCGGAUGCUGCUUACAGUUAUUCAAAUAAUGAGGAAACUAAAGGUAUAUGCCCGAGCAGGUCUGGUUUUAGCAUAUGCUGUCGCUGCUGCUGCAGCUUUGAGCUUUUCUAAUCCUUUCAUUAUGCAAUUUGAAGGAAGCCAGUCUAAUGAAGAUGGUUUACAGCAGGAUGGGAAAUCCAAUACCCUAGACAGUGAGAAAAUUGUGGACAGGCAAGAAAAGUUGAGGAAAAAGAAAUUAAAAGAAACUACUAAAAAGUCUCGAGCAAAAUUUUCUAAUCCUACCAGUGAUGCUCUUACUGUAGCUUAUGCCUUGAAUUGUUUUGAACUUUCUAAUAGUCCAGUUGAAUUUUGCAAUGAACAUGCAUUGCAUCUGAAAAACAUGGAGGAAAUGUCCAAGCUAAGAAAGCAACUGCUUCAUUUGGUUUUUAGUCAUAAUAUUGGUCGUGGCUUGCAGCAGGAAUUUUCAUGGACCCAUGGAACCAUGGAGGAUGUGGAGCAUGCUUGGAGAGGUUGCUCUGACAAGCAUUCUCUCUUAUUGAUUGAGGAGGAACUCUUGAGCCAAGCUAUCUGUGCUGGCUGGGCAGAUAGAAUUGCUAAACGCACUAGAGGAAUUUCAGGUUUAUCAGAGGGAAAUAGAAAAGCAAAAGCAGUCAGGUAUCAAGCUUGCAUGGUUAAAGAGACGGUGUUCCUUCAUCAUUGGUCAUCUUUGUCAAAUUCAGCGCCUGAAUUUUUGGUGUACAAUGAAUUGUUGUGUACAAAAAGACCUUACAUGCAUGGAGCAACCAGUGUAAAAUCAGAUUGGCUUGUUAAAUAUGCUGGGUCAUCAUGCAGUUUCUCUGCACCCCUUUCUGAUCCCAAACCUUAUUACGAGCCUCUAACUGACCAAGUUUUUUGCUGGGUGAUUCCAACUUUUGGCCUGCAUCUAUGGCAGCUCCCCUUACAUAGCUUGCCCAUCACAAGUAAGGUGAAUCGAGUUGCUGUAUUUGCUUAUGCUUUGCUGGAAGGCAAUGUGUUGCCAUGCUUAGGAUCUGUACGGAAGUUCAUGCUUGCUCCACCUGGAAGCAUUCUCAGGCCCGAGGCAUUGGGCCAAAGGCGGGUUGGGAAUCUAUUAAACAAGUUAAAUGUGAGAACUAUUGACAGUUGUGCGAUGUUAAAAGAAGCAUGGGAGAAGAAUCCUAUGGAAUUGCAUUCAGAAAUUUUAGACUGGUUUCAGGAAAGCUUUUAUAGUCAGUUUGAGGAGCUCUGGUCACAGAUGCACGGUGAAGUUGUUUUAGAGCCCCAAGAACGCUUUCCUAAAAGGGUGAAGAGAGAGAAGAAAAAUCGUAAGCUGCUUAGAUGAAAGUUGAAUUUAAUGAAUUUAUUGCAACAAUAGUUGCCUGUUGUGUAUAUUUUUUGAUGAGCCUUCUAAAAUUUUGUUGAGAAUUAAGCACUAUAUAUUGGAAGAGAUUUUAAUUAUGGUUUGCAGUAUGAAUGCGGCAAAGUGAUCGCCUGAGUCUUUUAUUGCAAUUAUGUCUGAUGUAUUUAUAUUAUUCUGUUUUAAUGAAGAAAAUAUUUAUUCUA